AUGGGCGUUACCUGCACGGGUAAAGCUGUUGUUGAAUAUCUUGGUACAUUCCCUUCAACCAUAAGUGUACACGGAAACAGCAAGAAAGGUACCGGCAGCGAGUAUGUGAAGACGUGCGCAACUACAAAAGAAAAAAUAAACGACCGAAUUAAGAAUGAACCUCCCCGAAAUGUAUACUGUGAUAUGGUACUAGAUGACUCCAUGGAUGCUCCAAGGAAUCUAAAGCAGGUUCAAAACUUUAAACAGGCACAAGCCAGAGAAAACAAAUUACCUGGUACAAACAGAAAAAAACACUACAGAUGAUGUUCAAACAAUUAUGAACAUGCUGAACCACCAUCCAUUCAUCCAGGAGAUUGUCCAAACGAAGGGGAAGCCACCGAUGGUUAUUUUAUACACGGACGACCAAUUAAAGGAUAUCAAGAAGUUUUGUUUGACUUCUGAGAACACAUCCAUACUUGGAGUGGAUCGUACUUUUAAUCUCGGAGCGUGUUUUGUAACUCUAACAGUUUUUAAAAAUAGUUACUUACUGCGACGUUCAACUCAGUUAUCACCAAUAAUGCUGGGUCCUUUGUUCCUGCACUGGGAUGGUACAUGUCAAACUUAUCAACGUUUCUUUUCGCAUCUACGCACAAAAUUUGACGCCAAUUUCCACACGGAGGUUGGCCUUUGUGACCUUAUUAUUGGCUCAGACGAGGAAAAAGCCAUCAUGAAAGCAGUGCAACAAAGUUUUCCGUAUGCGACCCAGCUUCUGUGUCAACGCCAGCUAGAGCAAAAUGUCAGAAGGUAUCUGCAACAUAAAGUAGGAGUACCUGAUCAGUUAAAAAAUGAGAUAACUUCUCUAAUCUUUGGAAAAGAUGGAUUGAUUAAUUCGAAAGAUCUUGUUGAUUUUGAACUUACAUCCAUGGAAAUGUCUAACAAGUUCUUGGACAUGUAG